AUGAGUUUUUAUGAAGAUAUACACAGAUUAUAUGGGGCAGGGACAGCCAACUGCCUCAAAAAAUGGGCCAUUUCCACAAGAAGAAUUGCGAUGUGUACGACAAGAAGAAAUUUCCUGCUGACUUGCAGAUCACGCGGAUUGAGACCACGACAUAUAGUGCAGAAUAUUAAGUGCAUAACCAAUUUGUUAGGUUCGGGAACAAGUGAGGACAGAACAGUGGCGGACUUUAGUAACAAGGUAUCGUCCAAAUUGUUAAAUCUAGAAAUUACCAUCACUAUAAAAAGACUGAGGUUUUUACAUGCUGAAUUGAACACUGUCAUGGCCCAGGCAAAGGAAUUGGUUCCUCCUGGUGUUUUCAACAAAUUUACGUCUACACAGAAUAGAUAUUACAAUAGAAUCUUUGUCACCAAUGCUAACUCUCUCAACGUUAAGUUGAAUAAUCUUACAACCCAUAAAGUCAAGUCCCUAAAAGUCCAACCAGGGUGGUUCAGGAAUCUUACUGAUUAUGUUUUCCCCCCUGACAUUUGUAGCAUGUUGUCCUUGGGCCCUAAAUUCGCCCAUGUAGCCGUACCUGGAAGGAAUAUUUCUAUCAAGACAAUUCUCAGUGAUGUGGAGUACAUAAUAAAGAUUGCACCUGAAGAAUGUCAGGAUAUUCUGAGAGCCAAAUGCACUAAUUCUAUCACCAACCACUUCCAUUCUUCCCUUGUCGGCAGAAGUUAUGAACUGGGUCUUUUCUACAGGACUAGGACCUUCAUAAAGCAGCACCAUGACCUGCUCAUUACUUCAGCAGAUAAGGGUAAUGUCACAGUAGCUAUAAAAAAAGAGGCAUACAAAGAAAAGCUUCUGCAUCUUCUAGAUGACCCCAUUACCUACAAGGUGCUUCAAUCUGAUCCAACAUCAAAAUACCAAACUUCCAAUAACAAAUUGGUGAAGGAACUGAAGACAAGUGGUUUCAUUGAUCCUGUGGUAGCAAGAAAAUUGACAACUUACAAAGGGAUAGCUCCCAGAAUAUAUGGAUUACCUAAAAUCCACAAAGAUGAUAUUCCACUUCGACCCAUUGUCUCCACAAUAAAUUCCCCCACAUCGGCACUGGAUGAGUAUGUGACUGGUAUAUUGUCGACAGCUUUCAGAGACUAUCACACCUUUGCUGUCAGUGACUCCUUCCAGUUUUCCAUCCUUGUAAAUAACUGUAGUAUACCGCAGAACUAUGUGGUCUGUUCCUUAGAUGCAGUAAGCCUCUUCACUAACAUUUCGUGGGAGAUCACUUGUUCGAUCAUCAUGGACGAGUGGGAUAUGAUAUCACCCCACACAACGAUGCCCCAAGCAAAGUUCAUCCAAGUCUUGAAGUUUCUUUCAGAUACCAACUAUUUUCUGUAUGAUGGCAUAUAUUACUCACAGCUUUUUGGAAUACCAAUGGGCACAAGGAGAGGUCCUGUUCUUGCUGCAGUUGUAAUGUCUACCUUACUACGCAAAAAGGUUCCUGCCUUGUCCUUUCAACCACACUUUCUGUGUCAGUAUGUGGAUGACCUCAUAAUGGCAAUACCAGAGGAUGGCGUUGAAGAAGUUCUGAGCAGUUUCAACUGCUUCGAUGAACACAUCAAAUUCACGGUUGAACUUGAAAACGAGAGAUCGGUCCCCUUUUUGGAUACACUGGUCACUAGAGAUGAAAACAAUGUGAUCAAGUUGGAUUGGUAUCUAAAGCCAACCAGUUCUGGAAGAUACAUACACAAGGCCUCAAAUCACGACUGGGGAAUGAAGGUGAACACCAUUGUUGGUAUGAGAGAUCGAAUUACUCAUCCAGAGUUUACCCAUGCUGCCCAUAGGAGAUUGUCUAACAUCCUGACUGACAAUGGUUAUCAAAGAAGUUUGGUAAAUAAAUUGAUUUUCAGCUCACCUGCCUCCACACCCACGCCUGCACAACAACCGCAGGUAGAGGUACAAACAAAUGAACAGAUAGCGCAUCCACCACAAAGAGGAGACCUUGCUGAUGAAGGAGGUUCGGAGGCAGUCACUGUAUCGAUGGAACCUCAAAUAAGAUAUACCUCCCUACCUUUUGUGCCCAAACUCACCCAUAAGCUCUCAAACAUUUUGUCAAUCAUCCCUGACAUAAAGAUUGCAAAGUAUAAUGUCUUCCCAAACAGAUUACUUUUCUCAAAUCUCAAGGACUCCAUUCCGCUCAUGUAUAAGAGUAACGUUGUUUAUGCCAUUGAUUGUGGAGAUUGCAAUGGCACCUAUGUCGGUCAGACAACUCAGAUUCUCAAGAAUCGGAUAGCCCUUCACAAGAGUGAUACACGGUUGCACCCUGAGAGAUGUGCUCUAGCGUUGCAUGCGAACAGAUUGAAUCAUUGUUUCAAUUUUGAUGAUGCAAGGGUCUUGACUACCGUCACCAACUACGAAAAAAAAAUUUUCAUAGAAAUGUGCCAUAUAAAUAACUGCGAUAAUAGUGUGAAUAAGAAGACAGAUGUCGGCAACCUCAGCAGAAUUUACAGUUAUCUCCUUGAAUUGGACAGAGUCAGCUCAAGUCCGGAUCUUGUACGUACAGAGGACGUUCCAGUCACCUGA